CUCCGGGCCGCCUCUGCCGCCGAGAGUAGGAAGCGCGAGCGCCGGGCGCGGGGCUGUCAGUGAGCGUGGGGCUAGCGAGCGAGCCAGAGGCUCCGGCUCCCGCUCCGCGCCGCUCCGGCCCGACUCUCGGCGGCCGCCGCAGCCGCCGUGCCUCCCAUUCGCGACCUCGGCGUCUGGCACGCGCCCCCCGCCUGGGGUCGCCCGCGGCCCCGCAGCCCAUCCCCCGCCCGCCCCCGCCCACCCGGCCCUCCCCGGCUGCUGCUCCCCGGCGGAGGCAAGAGGUGGUUGGGGGGGACCAUGGCUGACGUUUUCCCGGCCAACGACUCCACGGCGUCUCAGGACGUGGCCAACCGUUUCGCCCGCAAAGGGGCGCUGAGACAGAAGAAUGUGCACGAGGUGAAGAACCACAAAUUCAUCGCCCGCUUCUUCAAGCAGCCCACCUUCUGCAGCCACUGCACCGACUUCAUCUGGGGGUUUGGGAAACAAGGCUUCCAGUGCCAAGUUUGCUGUUUUGUGGUUCACAAGAGGUGCCAUGAGUUCGUUACUUUUUCUUGUCCGGGUGCGGAUAAAGGACCUGACACUGAUGACCCCCGGAGCAAGCACAAGUUUAAGAUCCACACCUAUGGAAGCCCCACCUUCUGCGACCACUGCGGGUCCUUGCUGUAUGGACUUAUCCAUCAAGGGAUGAAAUGUGACACCUGUGACAUGAACGUGCACAAGCAGUGUGUCAUCAACGUCCCCAGCCUCUGCGGCAUGGACCACACGGAGAAGAGGGGGCGCAUCUACCUGAAAGCCGAGGUCACCGACGAGAAGCUCCACGUCACAGUACGAGACGCAAAAAAUCUAAUCCCCAUGGAUCCUAAUGGGCUCUCAGAUCCUUAUGUGAAGCUGAAACUUAUUCCUGAUCCCAAGAACGAAAGCAAACAAAAAACCAAGACCAUCCGCUCUACACUCAACCCCCAGUGGAACGAGUCCUUCACGUUCAAAUUAAAACCUUCAGAUAAAGACCGACGACUGUCUGUAGAAAUCUGGGACUGGGACCGAACAACAAGGAACGACUUCAUGGGCUCCCUUUCCUUCGGAGUUUCGGAGCUGAUGAAGAUGCCGGCCAGCGGAUGGUACAAGUUGCUCAACCAGGAAGAAGGUGAGUACUACAAUGUGCCCAUUCCAGAAGGAGAUGAAGAAGGAAACGUGGAGCUCAGGCAGAAAUUCGAGAAAGCCAAGCUGGGCCCUGCUGGUAACAAAGUGAUCAGUCCUUCUGAAGACAGGAGACAGCCUUCCAACAACCUUGACCGAGUGAAACUCACCGACUUCAAUUUCCUCAUGGUGCUGGGGAAGGGCAGUUUCGGGAAGGUGAUGCUCGCCGACAGGAAGGGAACGGAAGAACUGUACGCCAUCAAAAUCCUGAAGAAGGACGUGGUGAUUCAAGACGACGACGUGGAGUGCACCAUGGUGGAGAAGCGCGUACUGGCCCUGCUGGAUAAGCCUCCGUUCCUGACUCAGCUACACUCCUGCUUCCAGACAGUGGACCGGCUGUACUUCGUCAUGGAAUAUGUCAAUGGAGGGGACCUCAUGUACCACAUUCAGCAAGUAGGAAAAUUUAAGGAACCGCAAGCCGUAUUCUAUGCGGCAGAAAUUUCCAUCGGACUGUUCUUCCUUCAUAAAAGAGGAAUCAUUUAUAGGGACCUGAAGUUGGAUAACGUCAUGCUGGAUUCGGAGGGCCACAUCAAGAUUGCCGACUUUGGGAUGUGUAAGGAGCACAUGAUGGACGGGGUCACGACCAGGACCUUCUGUGGGACCCCAGAUUACAUCGCCCCGGAGAUCAUCGCCUAUCAGCCGUAUGGGAAAUCCGUGGACUGGUGGGCCUAUGGCGUCCUGUUAUAUGAAAUGCUGGCCGGACAGCCUCCGUUUGAUGGCGAAGACGAGGAUGAGCUGUUUCAGUCUAUCAUGGAGCACAACGUUUCGUACCCAAAGUCCUUGUCCAAGGAGGCCGUUUCCAUCUGCAAAGGACUGAUGACCAAGCACCCUGGCAAGCGGCUGGGCUGCGGCCCGGAGGGAGAGCGGGACGUCCGGGAACACGCCUUCUUCCGGAGGAUCGACUGGGAGAAGCUGGAGAACAGGGAGAUCCAGCCGCCCUUCAAGCCCAAAGUGACUUUCUGCACCAAAAUGCACUGGCUGCAGUGGGCAUCCAGGCCUUCGUGCGGCAAAGGAGCCGAAAACUUCGACAAAUUCUUCACGCGUGGGCAGCCUGUCCUCACUCCGCCCGACCAGCUGGUCAUCGCUAACAUAGACCAGUCUGAUUUCGAAGGGUUCUCGUAUGUCAACCCCCAGUUCGUGCACCCCAUCUUACAGAGCGCAGUAUGAAACUCACCCGUGAGAACAAAUGCCUCCCCAGCGCCCAGCCGCCCCCGCCCCCCGGUCCCCCAGCAGUGGGAAAUGACCCUCAACCCUAAAAUUUGAAGGCCACACCCCUGUUCCUUAUUCCAGGUAGAGGCCUGAAAAUUGUAGGGGUCUUAGUCCACACGUGAUCAGCUGUUCAGGGUCUCUCACAACCAAGAACAUUAUCCUCGUGGAAGGUGAUGUCAUGUAGAGUGAGUGGUUGAUUUAACCCAUCUGGCUGUAGGUUAACCCUUCCUAGAAAGCAAACGGACUCUGGCCCCUUUUUGGGAGGGGGGUGGGGAUACAAUUUGAUAUGUUUUCCAUCAUUGAUUUUCACCACCCGGCCUCCCCAACGCAAGAUGGCAAAAUGAACCCGCCCCCCGGUCCAGGAGUCUGGAAGCCUCUCCACCCAGGGCGUGUUUGGAAUGAAAGAACAAGGAGCCCAGAGAGUGAGCAAGGCGGGGGCGGGGGACGCUUCCGAACACCCGCUGCUUGUGUUCCCUUCCUCGCCGGAAACGGUCCCUAGAAUCCGAGAGGCCGGGGUGACUCUAGGCCCAGUGGCAAGUCAUUUGCAAGCUCACUGUUCCCAGACGUUGAUAGUCGUAACCCAGUCCGGGUCCAGCGGUUACCGGUUUGAAAAACAGAGGAAGAAGACCUCCAUGGAGUGUUGAGGGCAUCGGUCAUGCUGUCCCCUAGCUCGGUUGCUAACUGUCUCGAUACUUGCAUUUGUUUUUAAGAGGCCAAAUCUUCUAAGGACUUUGCUGAAGGAGCAGGUGACGUCAUUUCAGAUCAAGGAUGAACCAGUGUGUGUGUGUGUGUGUGUGUGUGUGUGUGUGUGUGUGUGUGUGUGUGUGUGUGUGUGUGUGUGUGUGUGUGUGUGACGUUCAUUUUAGUCUCUGGGAGAUUGCUUUGGAUCCAGGGUGCCAUCAGCCGUCAUGCCACUACUCACGAGUGUGGUCAGCCAACCCCCCUCACCUCCAUAUUUUGCUGCCUACUUCCCCAGAAGCCGACGCGUACGCUCCCCCGGCCCCACCCCCUUUUGUACUUAUUUAUUGACUAGGCUGCGGUGUCGUUUAUGCGAGUACGAUGUACAGUAAGUUAAUCCAAGUGUUGACUCUAGCCUCAGACCCUAGGAUCGCUUCCCCUCCUGUCUCCAGCCCCCCCACAUCCUCUUAAGGAGGAAGAGCAAUCCAGUUUGGGUCCCCCAUUUCCGGUUCCUGUUAAGGGACACACCUGGAGCUGUAGAAUCAGGAAAGCUGGAUGCCUCUCGGCUCAAAGAUGUUUUAUUGCUAGAAGGAUUUUAAUAUGUUUUGCAAAUGCAUCAUGCAAUGAAUUUUGCAUGUUUAUAAUAAAUCUUAGUAAACAGUGAAUCUAUAUUAUUGAUAUAAUCGUAUCAAGCAUAAAGAGAAUAUUAUAAUAAUUUUAUAAGACACACCUGUGCUAUAUUUGUGAAGGCUCUCGUUUCUGAUCUGCUUCGAUGAUUAUGUUUUAGCUUCCUUCUUUGCUGCCCUGCUUCCUCUCUCCCCUCCCCCACUCUGUGCCUACCCUGCAUUGGCACUGUUAUCAGACAUAUUAAUUUUUAUUUUUUAUUACAGUAGAUCUAAUUUUGAAAAUGAAUGGCUUCUUUACAUGAUUAAUUAGGCUUAUACAUAUAUUAUAUAUUUGAUUCUACCUGCAAACAAAAGUUUUGUUGGGAGGGAAUUUUUUUUUUUCUUUUGGCUGUGCCUGCGGUAUGCAGAAGUUCCCAGGCCAGGGAUCGAACCCAGGCUACUGCAGUGACAACACAAGUCCUCAACCGCUAGGCCACCAGGGAACUCCUGGGGGGAUUAUUUUUGAGGUGAGACUCCCUCUUCAUUUCUGAGUGCCAUCGUCUCUUCUGGUCCCUACAUCAUCUUCCUCCUGGCGACAGCAGGAGGGCUUUGGCUCCAGUGUGCCUCGUAUGUUUGUGCGGGUGUGGUGUCGUCAUGGCCCCCAGGAGGGACUUGCUUCGUUUCAUUCUUCCUCCCGGCCUUGUUACUGUUCGUGACUUGGGAUGGGAGGGGUGGGAAGGUGCUCUGCCCGAUUGAGAAGCGUGCUGUGCACCUCGGUGUGUGCGGCACAAGCUGCCCCCUGCUUCAGCACGUGCAGACCUCAGGAGGCAAACCGCCCAGCAGCCCCUGGGCACAGCUGGACCCUGGCGCUCUCAGCGGGUGCUCUUCAGAGGUUGCAGAUUUUCUUCCAGUUGUUGCUAGACCAGCCUUUGCUGUCAUUUAAGGGCCCUUCUGUGAUGACAGCCAUCCCAAACACAAGGUCCUGGGAGGAGCCAGUCCAGAGCAGGAAGGACAGUGGUGAUGGACGUGGCUGUCUCUCCUUUCCGGGGGCUGCUGUGUUGCCGCUUGUUCCCCCAAAAGCGUCUCCCAGCGAAGCCUCUUCUCAUUUUUACCCUCUGGCUCUUCGCCUGAAUCUCGGCUACCGCACAGCCACCGAGGGGUCUUAGAGAUGAGAUCGAAACCCUUGACUGGAGGAAGAGGUGGGGUCAGACCAGAAAAGAGCAACUCCUCAUGCCGUCUUUUACGGCUCCAGGACUCAAAAGGGGCCCCGGCAUAUCCAAAGCUGCAGCCCUGCUGGUCGGCGCCCCUCUAGGGGCCCUUCCUCCCCAGGUGCCCGGCAUUCGGUCUGAGAGGAAAGGGACCCAAGUUUAGAAAGAGCCGGCCACCCUGCCCCAGAAUCCAGUAGCACAAGGCCAGAUCCCCAGCCAAGCCCUGGAGGCAAGGAAGGCUCCAGAAAGGCGCUCAUGGGGUUGUCAGCCCGCCGUUCGCUCCCAGGCCCCCAGCAGGUCACGCUUUGCUCACACAGCCAACGCGUUUCCAAACCAUUUAUUCAUCUUUCUCUAGGAGACCUAUUCAGCAUCUCGGCUGGGUUGGAUCCUUUCCGAAUGUGUGGCAAAGUUUUAGAGAAAAAUACCCUGUCUGGGGGCAGCCAGGACUCUGCGUCAGGGACAGCAGGCUUGAGGGCAAACUUGGGAGGGAAACAGUUCAACAAAAAACAAUCAGGACCAGAAAAGUGUUAGAGUGAUAUGGCAUGUUUGGUACAUUGCUGUCCUGAACUGAGAUAAAAGCUGAUGCUUUUUUAAAGCAAAGUCUGAGCAGCCCAAGAGGGUCCUGCUGAGAGAACCCACAUCGUGUGGGUGACCAUUAGCAGAAUCGGUUUCUCCAGUUCUGUGGCAUUGUCCCCCCUUCGUGGGCAUCGUGUGCAAUACCACAGCAGGAAAGGGGCUGCUGCUUUAACCUUUAAAGGGGUUAGAAUGAGGAGGACGCCUUGAUGGGUCAGGCCAGUGAGGGAAGUGCCAGCCCCUGAGCACUGCCUGUGUCGCCAGGGCCCAUGGCGAUCCAGGCCCCCGGGAUCACUCAGCACUACCUGGGGCGCUGUGACUCUGGAAGGCCACUCAGGUUGCCUUGCAAAAUUGCCCCUCAGAAGGUGGUUCUGCUCAAAGAUGAGACGUCUGCAGGCCGGGGGGCUGGCAGCCCUUCUCUUGCCAUCUUGUUUAAGCCCACUAGGUGCCCAGUUUGAAGGAAAGUAGCUGGAAUGUGCGCCCCGUGCUGCCCUCGGAGGUUAAUGGGAGGUUCACCCGAGGCAAGAACGAAUAUCCAGGUCAGUAGGCGCCCCCAGGACCCAGAGCGACCACUCUUCAUCACGCCUCUUGUGCGCCCGGGAGCUGGCACACGUCCCUGCAGGAUCACUGUCUGUCUUGUCUUCAGAGAUGGAGCAGACUCUCUUAUUAGGGGUCUUGGCGGGAAAUCCAAGCGCUGACAGCUCUUUGGGAACUUGGCCCAAGUUGGUCGGUGGGGAGAUUGUGACGACCAGGAUUAGUCAAGCCAGCUGACGACUGUGGAUCAGCGCCCCGAGCUGCAGCCCCGAGCAGGACAUGGGCACCUGCCGGAAGGAGCGGGCAGUCGCCCCAGAGCCAGCUGCGGUUCUUUCUGAGAAGGGAGAGGCCCCUGGAGGCCGAGGUCGGCAAGGAAUUUAGAGAAGAGCAGGGUUUGGGCCCCGAAGGACCCUGGCAGUAGGAGGAAGCUGGGAAGGAGAGGGCGUUUGGGAAGGAAGCCGCUGUUUCCAAUGGCUUUUCCAUCUGGAAAGUUGUUCACGCGGGGGAAAGUCACUGUCCAAUGGUCCUUGAGGGCAAGUUCAUUAUUCCUCCUGCGGAAACAUCUCCCAGAGGCCAGCAGCCUCCUCCCCAGCUCCCAGAAACCCCUUUCCUCACUCUCCCUGGAUGUGGCUCUGAAUCCCCUGCGAAGGGCUGAACCAUCCAGCAAGUGGGUCCCCUGUGGCUUCCGGCCGAGAAUCAGGGCUGCUGGGGGAAUGGAGACCAGGACGGCGCAAACACAACUGCCACCGCCGUCCCCUCUGAUUUUGACUGGGUUUUUGUUUGUUUUUUUGGUUUUUUGGUUUUGCUGGGUUGGUUUUCUCAGUACUGAAGAGGAGGGCAGAGUGAGAGUCUUACGUGUGUAAAGCCUCAGAAAGGAAACACCAUCUGACGGUUCUGUCCUCACUUUGGUCUUAUGAAGUCACCUGUUUUCUUGUGUGUGCCCAUCACACCAUUUCCUGUUUCUUUAAGCCCAGCAAGGGCCAGAGUGCCUGUUCCCCCACUGAGCCCGGUAAACCAUCGUGAUCAUAAAGCCACUGCUGAGGCGAAGGACCCAAAGAUUAGGGACAGUCACAGUGAAGGGAAGGUGCACCCUGGUCCCUAGUGACCAUGCACCAAUCAACGAGGAUGUCAGGUUACGUGUUAUGAAAUAUACCAGACCAUGAUGGCAUCUCCCAUCAUUUCCUGUUCAGGCAGGUGCAGCAAAUCCUGGGAAUGCUGUGUAUGUCUGCUCUUUGAAGAUACAGAAAAUUGGGGAAGGUGGCCCGUAUUAGACAUGGAUGGAGGCAGCCAUCUGGAAAGGGUGUCAACCACAGUUGUGUUAAUUCUCUAAUGUCAGGGGCGCUUUGGGAGGGUUAAAAGCUGCAUGACUAGGAUCCCGGUGCCUCUGAUCUGUGCGAUCAGGUGUCAGUUAAUAACCAUGUAGGCCCAACUUCAUCAUCAGACAGCCUUACAAUGACCCACACUGAGGCCCACGAGUUCCAAAGACUUUUUUAAAAACUUAUGGGAGAAAUUAAUUUGUUAAUUCCAAUAGAUCAUCUGACUAUACUGGGCUAUUUGUACUUUUUUAAUAGAGAAAUUUAAUAACUUAAUUCUUUUAAAAUGAGUUUUUAAAAUAAAACUACUGACAAUUUCAUAAAAGUCCAGUCACAUGGGGGCUGUAGGAGGACUCAACUGGGGUCAGCUAGAGCACUCCUGACCUGCACUCCCAUUGCAGGAUUUUCCCAUCCGGUGGGGUAUAGAGUCCAUAACACAAUAACCGGAAGUUCAGGCAAACUGAAAUGGUAAAACAAUGCCCUUCACGUUUUUAAUAGACACUGGGGACAACUGUCUAGAAACUUUGGGACUGCAGGAAAGAUGGCUUAAUUGUCCCCCUUCUAGAUGCAGCACUCGAAUAGCAUUCCCCAAAUCCCUGGGGCCCCUUUCCUUGCUCUGCGAGGCUCUAUAACCACCUUUCGACAUGGUGGUGGCGAAGGCGCCUCCCCAGCUCUGUCUCCUGUCCCAUGUGUCCCCAGGUCUGUCAUAGUGAAAGUUCAGUGGUGCCCCAUAAGGAUUUUGCCCACUGGGAAACUCAGAAAUACUCCAUGAUCCCCAAGAAGCAGUGGGAGCAGUGCACCCACCGGCAUCUAUUUCAUACUCAUCUCUCGUGUGAGUAGACAGAAGCCUACUUUUCAGAAAAUAGGUGUUGUCUACUUCACAAGAACCACUUUUUUCUAAAAUAAGACAAAAGGUGGCUUUGCAUUUUCUGAUUAAACAACUGCAUCCUUGUCUCCUCUGCUUCACUUCAGGAGUGUUUAUUCCUGUGAUUGUAGAUUUUGUUGAUAUGCUGCCUGGGAAAAUGUGAUGCUUUUCUUGAGGGGAUUAGUGGACAAUUCAAAAUCAUACAUGAAGGUUGUUUUUCUUUUGAGUCUAAAAAUUCACCUCAUAUCUCUUCUAGAGAGUCUUUCAGAAUAUCUUUGAUAGAUGGUCAGAAACAUUUGAAAUCAUUGCUUUCGCUACAUGAUGUUUUUGAGGGGGGAGGGGUGAAGAGCAGACCAGGUUUAAAUUGAUAAUCAGAAAACAUCAUCUCUCACACCCCAAAUUUGUAUGGAGGGUGAAGACAAAGAGAUGGAGCUUGAGAUUUUUCCUCCUGUGUGAGCACCUACUGACAAAAUGUAGAGGCCAUUCAACCGUCAAGAAACAUUUGUUUUAUAGCAGGUAACAUGAUGUAUAAAUUACUGCAUCGCUUUAAUUCGUAUAACCGCUGAUCUUUGUUUGCAUGAUAUGCUUUGUUAGAUACAUUAAUUGUAGUUUGGAAGCAAGCGUGUAUGAAUAAAGACAAUGAUCAUUCCUUA